GGUGAUGAUGGUGAUGAUGAUGAUGAUGAUGAUGAUCCUACACACUGUAGGAUCUGUAGGUCCACGUUUACAGCCAGUGUCACAUUUGUCAGUUUUACAAAUGAUGAGUAAAGGAGUGUCGGCUGAAAACACGUGACCGAGCCGCUCCUUCCCACUGAAGAGUCAGGCUGUCAAACCCCCGACCACUGCGCACCCCAAAGCCUCGGGAACACGGGUGUGUACGUGUGCGUUCCGACCGUGUGCCUUUAAAUGGCGUGUUCUGGCGCUGAGUAGAGGGCGGACCCGAGUGGCGUGCGUGUGCGCGCGCCUCCCCGUGUGCAUCUGCGUGCGUGUAUUUGUGUUUGUGUGUGUCAAAGUGUGUGCGUAUUUGCGCGCCCGGGGCUGUGCGCCUCUCGCUUGCAGCCGCUGCAAGUCGCACGGGAGCGACCAGCGGCUUUUGUGCGUAUGAUGCGCCGUGGUCGACGCACCUGUGCGCACAAUAAACCCAGCCCGGUACCGACUGGUUCCCCCCUCCCGCCACUGCCACCCAACCCCCUCCACCGUCCCCGCUCCUCCGCUUCGAACCAACAUCAGCGCCAGCACCGGGAGCACCUGGGAAAACGCACCUUUUUGGAUUUAAAAGACAACAACUAAAGUGCGCCGCCUGUCUGGACUUUAACUGCUGGAUUCUUUACAGCUGGUGGUCUGUGGAACUCAGUGAUGGAAGAGCCAGAGUCCUGUGGACUCAGAGACACCUCCCAGCAGACAACAUGAAGGAGGAACUGAAACUCACCGUGACAAAGAUAGAGGACCAUCCUGUCAGAACAUGCACGAUGAGUCUUCAUAGCAUCUAUUCUGAAGAGUAGAAAACAAAACAAAAGAAGAAAACCACCUCCCCUCUUACUGGUCCCAGACCUGCUCAGUGGAGGACAAGAACCAUUCCUCAAACAGCACCACCCUAAUGUGACUGACCUUUAGACUGUUCACUGCAACGACUGUUCUCCUCUUACUGCCCUUUUCCCUUUUUCUAUAAAUAUUUCUAUAUACACAUAUAUAUAUACAUAUAUUUAUCUGUACUUAUUGCUUAUAAAACUCUAAAAACUCUUAGAAAACUCUCUUAGAUUCAGUCUGUCCACACCUGUCUUAUAAUCUGACUGAAUUCUCUCGCGUACCUUUUUGGAUGAAUUAAUCCCUUGCAGCUAUGGAUCUUCUAAGUAUUUCUAUCAGACUCCAGUUGUUCCUCAGCACGUGUCUGGGACUGGAAUUUUUAGGCACGCCGGGUCAGUGGGCACGCUACCUCCGCUGGGAUGCCAGCACCCGUGGUGACCUCACCUUCCAGUUCAAGACGGACGCCUCAGAGUCGCUCAUGCUGUACUUCGACGACGGCGGCUACUGUGACUUUUUCCUGCUGUCGGUGGUGGAGGGCCGACUGCAGCUGCGCUUCAGCAUCGACUGCGCUGAGGCCACGGUGGUGUCCGACAGACGGGUGGACGACACCAACUGGCACGUUGCCACUUUGGGCAGGUAUAACCUGCGCACAGUGCUGGUGUUGGACGGCCAGGCCAAAGCCGACGAGGUGCGACCUCAGCGCCAGUUCAUGAAAAUAGUCAGCGACCUGUUCCUGGGCGGAGUACCUCAGGAUAUCCGUCUCGGCGCACUCACACUGCCCACAGUGCGGAACAUGCAGCCCUACAGGGGCACCAUCACAGACCUCAAAUAUGGCAUGUCACAGCCCGUGUUACUGGGAAGCUUUAAGGUGCCCCUGGAGUCAGAAGGCUGGUGCACUGUGAACCCUUGUGAAAAUGGUGGGAUGUGCUCGCUGGUGGAUGGAGAGCCCGUAUGUGACUGCUCCAAGACAGCGUACAGAGGUCGUUUCUGCAGAGAAGAAGUCGUCAAUAAUAUGCCAGGCCUUGCACAUAUGAUGGCAGAACAAGCUAAAAGCAAAGCAAGGGAAGAAAAUGUGGCCACGUUUCGUGGCUCAGAAUACUUCUGCUACGAUCUGUCCCAGAACCCCAUCCAGAGCAGCAGUGAUGAAAUUACACUCUCUUUCAAGACGUGGCAGCGCAACGGCCUCAUCCUUCACACCGGCAAGUCAGCUGACUAUGUCAACCUGGCGCUGAAAGACGGCGCCGUCUCUCUGGUCAUCAACCUGGGGUCUGGAGCCUUUGAGGCCAUCGUGGAACCUGUCAGCGGGAAGUUCAACGACAAUGUAUGGCACGACGUCAAAGUGACUCGCAACUUACGACAGGUUACGAUCUCAGUGGAUGGGAUUCUGACGACCACAGGUUACACCCAGGAAGACUACACCAUGCUGGGAUCAGACGACUUCUUCUAUGUGGGCGGCAGCCCCAGCACCGCGGACCUGCCGGGGUCUCCAGUCAGCAACAACUUCAUGGGCUGUCUGAAGGAGGUGGUGUAUAAAAACAACGACAUCCGACUGGAAUUGUCGCGGCUUGCUCGAAUCGUGGACCCGAAGAUGAAAAUCCAGGGCGAUGUGUCGUACAAAUGUGAGAACGUGGCCACGUUGGACCCUAUUUCUUUUGAGACUCCGGAGGCCUACAUCAGCCUUCCCAAGUGGAACACCAAGCGGAUGGGAUCCAUUUCCUUUGACUUCCGCACCACAGAGCCCAACGGCCUCAUACUGUUCACCCACGGCAAACCCCAGGAGCGCAAAGACGCGGCCCGCAGCCAGAAGAACACCAAGGUGGAUUUCUUUGCAGUAGAACUGUUGGAUGGCAGCCUGUAUCUGCUGUUAGACAUGGGCUCAGGAACUAUUAAGGUGAAGGCUACACAGACGAAGGUCAACGAUGGUGCCUGGUAUCAUGUGGACAUCCAGAGAGAUGGACGCUCAGGCACCAUCUCUGUCAACAGCAGGAGAACUCCGUUCACAGCCAGUGGUGAAAGUGAGAUUCUGGAUCUGGAGGGAUUCAUGUACCUGGGUGGGCUUCCCACCGACCGCACCAACCUCAUCCUGCCCACCGAACUCUGGACAGCGAUGCUCAAUUACGGCUACGUGGGCUGCAUCCGUGACCUUUUCAUUGACGGUCGAAGCAAAGACAUCCGUCAGAUUGCCGAGGCACAAAAUGGCGCCGGCAUCAAACCCUCGUGCAACAAGCAGCCGGGAAAGCAGUGCGAGAGCUACCCCUGCAAGAACCGAGGGGUCUGCAAAGAAGGCUGGAAUCGAUUCAUCUGUGACUGCACCGGGACUGGAUACUGGUCACGCACGUGUGAGAGAGAGGCUUCUAUUCUGUCCUACGACGGCAGCAUGUACAUGAAGGUGGUGAUGCCCAACAUCAUGCACACGGAGGCCGAGGACGUCUCGCUGCGGUUCCGCUCUCAGCGAGCCUACGGCCUUCUGAUGGCCACCACCUCCCGAGACUCGGCCGACACACUCCGAAUGGAGCUGGACGGCAGUAGAGUGAAACUCACAGUCAACCUAGACUGUAUCAGGAUAAACUGUAACACCAGCAAGGGACCGGAGACGCUGUAUGCUGGGCAAAAGCUCAAUGAUAAUGAAUGGCAUACGGUGCGUGUGGUGCGCCGCGGCAAAACCUACAAGCUAACGGUUGACGAUGAUGUAGCAGAAGGCCAAAUGGUGGGUGACCACACUCGUCUGGAGUUCCACAACAUCGAGACAGGCAUCAUGACAGAGCGCAGGUUCCUUUCUACCAUUCCCUCCAGCUUCAUUGGUCACCUGCAGAGCCUAAGAUUUAACGGCAUGCUCUACAUCGACCUGUGCAAGAACGGUGACAUUGACUAUUGUGAGCUAAAUGCACGCUUUGGGGUUCGUUCCAUUAUUGCCGACCCCGUCACCUUUAAAUCCAAGAGCAGCUACCUGAGUCUGGCCACCCUGCAGGCCUACACCUCCAUGCACCUGUUUUUCCAGUUCAGGACCACGUCUCCAGAUGGCUUUAUCAUUUUUAAUUCUGGAGAUGGCAACGACUUCAUUGCUGUAGAGUUGGUUAAAGGAUACAUUCACUAUGUGUUUGACCUCGGGAACGGGCCCAAUCUCAUCAAGGGCAAAAGUGAAAGGGCUCUGAAUGACAACCAGUGGCACAAUGUGGCCAUCACCCGCGACAACAGCAACACCCACACACUCAAAGUAGAUGCUAUAGCCACAAGCCAGAGCAUCAACGGAGCCAAAAACCUGGACCUAAAAGGUGAUUUGUUUAUCGCAGGACUGGGCCCAGGCAUGUAUGGAAGCCUGCCAAAACUAGUGGCCUCCAGAGAGGGCUUUCAGGGCUGUCUGGCCUCAGUCGACCUCAACGGUCGCCUGCCCGAUCUCCUCAACGACGCCCUGUUCCGCAGCGGACAGAUCGAGCGUGGAUGUGAAGGUCCCAGCACCACCUGUCAGGAAGAUUCCUGUGCCAAUAUGGGCAUUUGUAUCCAGCUGUGGGAGAACUACAACUGUGACUGCUCCAUGACCUCCUACACUGGCACCCAGUGUAAUGACCCUGGAACAACGUACAUCUUCGGCAAAGGCGGAGGCCUCAUUACGUUCAACUGGCCGGCCAAUGAGAGGCCAAGCACCAGGACAGACAGGCUGACUGUUGGCUUCAGCACUUCUCUGAAGGACGGCAUCCUGGUUCGGAUCGAUAGCGCACCUGGUCUGGGGGACUAUCUCAUGUUGCACAUACAACAAGGGAAAAUUGGCGUCACGUUCAACAUCGGCACGGUGGAUAUCAGUGUGACGGAGAGCAGUACCCCAGUGAAUGAUGGGAAGUACCACGUUGUCCGUUUCACCAGGAAUGGCGGCAAUGCGACGCUGCAGGUGGAUAACUGGUCGAUCAACGAGCACUUCCCAACAGGGAACAGUGACAUUGAACGCUAUCAAAUGGCCAAUAAGAAAAUUCCUUUCAAAUACACCAGACAAGUAGACGAGUGGCUACAAGAGAAAGGACGGCAGCUGACGAUAUUCAACACUCAAGCCAAGGUGGCGAUUGGUGGAAGUGACCGUGGUCGGCCUUUUCAGGGCCAACUCUCUGGCCUUUACUAUGAUGGGUUGAAGGUGUUGAGCAUGGCUGCUGAGGGCAACCCUAACAUCAAGAUCAAUGGCAGUGUGAGGUUGGUUGGUGAUGUGCCCAGCGGCUCUGCCAGAUCCACAGCCCUGCCCCCAGAUUUAUCCACGUCCUUCAUUGAGACCACCACCAUGAUGUCUACCACUACUACAAGGAAACACAGAUCCUCUUCAACCGUACAGCACACGGCAGAUGAGAUAGGGUCCUCCGCAGAGUGUUCAAGCGACGACGAAGACCUGGAGGAGUGUGAAACUGGCCAUGCAGGAGCUGAGUUAGUCAUCCCAGUACAAGGACCCAUUAGCCCUACCCCUGUAGCUUCUCGUGCACCCUCCAUUCCCACUCCCCUUACCCACCACCUACUCUUCACCAUUAUUGAGACCACCAAAGAGUCCCUGUCCAAGACCACUGAGGCGGGGGUACCUUGCUUGUCGGAUCGAGGCAGCGAUGAUUGUGAUGAUGAUGGCAUGGUGAUAUCGGGGUAUGGCUCUGGGAACGCAUUCAAGUCUAACCUGCCCCCUACUGAUGAUGAAGAUUUAACGACCUUCUACUUGGUAACAGAUAAGACCUUGUCCACAUCAGGAUUUGAAGGUGGCAACAAAGCUGAGACAUCCAAGACUUUUAGACUAAACAAACCAUCAAUCUUCAGAAGCAAUAGGACUACUGCUACCACCAUACCACUAACCGCCGACCAGAGCCUCACCACCGCCACCUCUGCCUCUGCCGCAACCUUCCACAAUGCUCCGGCCAAAAAAGCCGGCCAGAAUAAACACAAGCUAAAACCCCAGCCCGACUUAAUGUUGCUUCCAUUGCCCACAUCCUUUGAAGUAGACAGCACCAAGCUGAGGGGCCCAUUAAUAACCUCCCCAAUGUUCCAUAAUAUACCCACAGCACCCCCCACAGAGCCAGGCGUCAGGCGAGAUCCAGGGCCCUCAGAAGUGGUCCGUGAAUCUAGCAGCACCACCGGGAUGGUCAUCGGAAUAGUGGCGGCCGCUGCCCUGUGCAUCCUCAUCCUUCUCUAUGCCAUGUAUAAGUACAGGAACAGAGAUGAAGGCUCCUACCAGGUGGACGAGAGCAGGAACUACAUAACCAACUCAGCUGUGCAGAGCAAUGGCGCUGUAAUGAAGGACAAACACCAGAGCUUGAAAGGCAGCAACAAGAAACAGAAAAACAAGGAUAAGGAGUACUACGUGUGACUGACACUCUUGCAAAGAGUAAAGGAAAGAGAGCACUACGAGAACAUUUAUUUCCUUGUGAGGAGCUUUGACAAAUGAUGGUAUAAUAUGGAACUUAAAUAUUCUUAUACUGUGCACAGUAGUUGGACUGAUGACAUGUACUGUAAUAUAAAGCACACUUACAGCUGUAAGCAUAAAGACGAGGAUAAAUAGCAACUUUAGAGAUCUCACUCUUCUAUCUGGUCAGAGACAGUAUCAGUAUAUUUCGGUAUAUUUCACAGCUACGCCACUCUCCUAAGUGACUUUUAGAGCUAUAUGAUCCUUGGCAUCAAAGAAAAAAAAAUCUUUUUGUAUAAUUGUUAAAUGCAAAAGGCUCAUAAUAUUCUACAUUUCCAGCAUGUAUGCCACAUGUAGUGCUUUAAAAUGAAGGGGCCAGGCACAUGAUCACUGUAAAAUUAAAAAAAGGACUACUGUGUCAAAAGAUAAGAUUUAUAUGGUUUAUACAUAAUACACAUGUGGUGUCUUACUUUUUUUUUUUUGCUUUGAGCAAAAAGAAGAAAAAGAAAAAAAAAGAACAGCCAAAAGAAAAAAAAGAAGUACUUAAUACUGCAUAACAUGUGGAAAUCACUACGGGCAGAUUCUUUUCUGCUGACUUUGUUCCACCACAACUAUUCUCAUAAUCAUACGCAGAGUCAGUGUCCACUCUGUGGGAGCAAGUGGCAGGUUCUGUUACUAAGAAGUGACUGGUUUUACAAUGCAUGUGAUUCUAACUCUACAGUAAGGUAUGGUAAAGGUCAGUAUGGAGUGUUUAACUCGGACCAUGUUCUCUUUAAUGCCAAAAUUGUUCUUUGUCAUCAGAUCGGAACUCAUCCCCCUCAUUUAGUAUCCUUCAAACUGCUACCAACGGGAAAAAAUAAUCACCAUCUUUUAUUGCAAAGGUCUAUUGUUGGUUCAUAACCAGUGGUGGUUUUCUGUUCUGGAGAAAAACGUUUGUUGGUCAAUUGCCUAUUAUCCUUUCUUUUCCUAGGAGGUGACUGGAGGAAAAACAAAUGCAGUACUACAACUGUUAACAAAUGUGUAUACAAAAAUAAAUCAGAUGUUUAAAGUGUGAAUUUUAUCUGCUGUCACAGUCAGCUGUGUCGAAAAAAAUCAAGAAAUUUGUUUACAUAUUUUAUUACACACUAGCCGUUGUACUUUGUAGGUAGAAAAUUGUACAUAUAUCAUGACAGUUGUAAUUUUUUAGUACCUCUAUUGUACAUACAGAAAAUAUGAUUUAUCAGCGUAUUUGACAUGAUGAAAUCUAUUACCUGUUAAUUUACAUGGAGAAAGACUUUAAUCAGAAUGUGGAGAAUCAUAUUGAUAUUCAUAAAGAAUAAAAAUGUAUUGUUAGCCUAGAGAUCUAAACACAGAUGUUUCUAAAGUUGCAUGAAUAUUUAACUACUUACAGUUGUCCAACAAAUACAAGGUGCCCUUCCUUCUGUAUCAUGGCUUUAUUGUUCUGAGUUCCACUAGUGUCAUUUAUUUUUGAAUAAAGAAUAAAGUCAGAGUUAUGACAAAGAUUGAAAGU